AUGUCUAAUCAACAUGAGGAACUCAUUGAAAUAGGAAUUGGGGAUGAUAUAGAAGCCAACCUGGCCUCUUGGGAGCCCGCCUGGAAGCCCACCUGGAAGCCCGCUACCCAAGCUCGCUUGCGUACGAAGCGAGGUCUAUACGUGACGACAUCGUUGGUCUGGCGUAUCAUGUCACCGUUCUGGCCAAAGUCUGCUCCAGGACCGGAGAAGCUCAGGAAGACUGCUUACCUCGAUGGUCUCAGGGGCUUCGCGGCUCUCCUGGUCUACAUCCAUCACCAUCAGCUAUGGGCGCAUGAGGGCACACACCAGAACCACCUCUUCGAAAAUGGUUUUGGAUAUGAUGGCCACUAUCAUUUUGCCGCCCUUCCUGGCGUUCGCCUCUUUUUCACGGGUGGACACUACGCCGUGUCCACGUUCUUCGUCAUCUCCGGUUACGUGCUCUCGACCAAGCCUUUGAGCUUGAUCCAGGAGAGAGAGCACGUCAAAUUGGGCGACAACCUCGCGUCGGCGCUGUUCAGACGCUGGCUCCGCCUCUUCAUACCGCUCAUUGUUACGACGUUCGUCUACAUGAGCUCCUGGCACGCGCUAGAUCUGUGGGUCUGUGGUGCGGAGCCCAAGGGCAAGUGGCUUGAUGAGGUGUGGUGGUGGUACCUCGAGCUCAAGAACUUCAGCUUCGUCUUCAAGGAGGGUGGCCUACCCUGGUUUACGUACAACUUCCACCUGUGGUCAAUUCCCAUCGAGUUCAGGGGCUCUAUCGUCAUCUACACCUGUCUCUUGGCCUUUUCCCGAAUCUCCAAGAACGCCAGGUUGUGGUGCCAGUGCGCACUGAUCUUCUACUUCAUGUAUAUCACGGACGCGUGGUACUGCGCCUUAUUCAUCUCGGGCAUGCUGAUGUGCGAUCUGGACUUGUUGGCUGCGAAACAGCAAUUGCCCCUGGCCCUAACAAAGCUGGAGCCUUACAAGAAGUUCAUCUAUUACCACCUCCUGGUCAUCGGCUUCUACCUCGGCGGCGUGCCUUCUCUCAAUCAAGACGUCGAUCACCUGAGCCGGCAGCGUGGAUGGUACUAUCUGUCCUUGCUCAAGCCGCAGGCCGUUUUUGACUACAAGUGGUUUUACCUUUUCUUCGCCGCCAACUUCCUCGUGGCGGCAAUACCAAGGGUGCGCUGCCUCAAGGGUUUCUUCGAGACGCGCUUCUGCCAGUACCUCGGUCGCAUCUCCUUUGCCCUUUACCUUGUCCACGGACCCGUGCUGUGGACGAUUGGAGAUCGCCUUUACACGUCGACUGGGUGGCACCAGGAGACGCAGCUGAUCAACCUCCAUCAUUGGGCCAACAAGAUGGAACUCCCCAAGGCAGGGCCACUGGGGAUGGAGUUGUCCUUUCUCGUUCCGCACUUUGUUCUUUUUCCCUUGACUAUCUGGGUGGCCGAGAUAGUCACGAGGCUGGUUGAUGAACCUAGUGUCAAGUUUGCGCAGUGGCUGUACCAGAGAAUGUUACCAGCUGCGCCAGCUAAGGAAGCAAGGUCUGUCAAGGAAUAA